CAAGUCCAGAUAGUCCAAAAAAGCUCGGGUGCUGCACGUUUGUGAUGUAGCAAUUAUACCGAAAUAUUUUCCAACAUGGUGCCCAAUGUUCACACAAGCUGAUCAUGUCCAACGUAUUCAUAGUCCAACAGAUCUAAUCGGUCAAAAAGAUGGCCCGCAAGAGGGAUCUGAUCCAGAUCCAGACGGAUGUCACCACACAGGAAGAGUGGGAACAGGAGAUCUCCAAGCCCGGCCUGACUGUUGUCGACGUGUACCCGGCGUGGUGUGGCCCCUGCGUCUCCAUGCUGGGGAUGCUGAAGAAGAUCAAGUUCGAGCUGGGCGACGACAUGCUGCACUUCGUAACGGCCCGGUCAGACGCGAUCGACGCGCUGGAGGCGUUCCGCGGCCGCUGCGAACCGCUCUGGAUCUUCUAUGGCUCGGGCAACGCCGUCUACCAGCUGCGCGGCGCCCACCUGCCGCUGCUGGCCAGCAAGAUUCUGGAGGAGCUCGAUAUUGAGAAGAAGGUGCUGGCAGGCGAGCGGCAGCGCGUCACCAUCACCCUCGAGUGCGACGCGCCGGCCGAGGUGGAGCUGCCCGAGGUGCCGGUGGUCGAGGACGAGGCCGAGACGGCGGCGGCGCUCAACGCCCGCCGCCAGCGCUCGGAGCAGGAGGAGAUCCAGGCCGUGCUGGACGCGCGUGGCUUCACCAGCGGGGCGGAGACGUGUGCGGUGCUCUCCGAGGAGGAGGUGGACGCCCUGCUGCUGGGUCCGCCGCCGGAGCCCGUCGUGGCGGCGGAUUCGGAGCCGCCGGCUGAGGACGCCGACGAGGCCGGCGGACAGGACACCGGUGACGAACAGCCUUCGGAGGAGGAUGCCGACGCCCCGGACCAGCCGGCUGACGCGGAGGCGGCCGACGCCGAGGGCGACGGCGGGGGUGGCGGCGAGCCGGCGGAGCCCGAGGAGGAGGACCCGGAAAUACUGGCCAAGAGACAAGCGGUCAAGGACAUGAUGCUGGAGGGAGAGUGCGCCCUGGUCGCCAUCUUGGACUCGGAAUACAGCGAAGACAAACCCUACCGCUGGCUCACCCUGUACCUGGGCCAAGCACCAGCGCCGCCUCCCGAGAUCCAGCUGGAAGCUGAAGUUGCGCCGGCCGCCGCUGGAGGGCAGGAGGGUGGUGACCAGUCAGCGGAUGGCGAGGCGGCCGAGAGCGGAGAGGAGGGCGAGGAUGGUGCAGCGGAGGAGGAGCCGCCAGCGGAGGAGCCGCCAGCGGAGGAUGCACCAGCGGAGGAGGCUCCAGCGGAGGAGGCUCCAGCAGAUGAGGCACCAGCGGAGGAAGCGCCAGCGGAGGAAGAGGAGGGCGAGCCCCUGCCGACCAUCGAAGAGCAGCUGCAGGAGCUGCUGGAGGACCUCAGUCCUGCCGCGUGGACACCUCCUACCGUGCUCGGUCAGUGGGCCGCCCUGCGCAAGUACUUCCCCGAGCUGUACCGGGCGGCGCCGGCGCCGCCGGCGGAGCAGGUGGCGUUCGUCAUCUUCCCGGCCAGCCGUGAGGAGGCGCCGCAGCUGCUCGUCGACGCCGGGUUCCGCGUCCUGCACUCGGGCUCCGACGCCCUCAUAGAGGAGGUAGCCGAGCAGCUGGUGGCCAGCCUGGAGGGCGGCCAGAGCCAGAUCCCAGAGCUGGUGGCGGAGCCGGUGUACGCGGUGGCACUGGCGUGCGCCGGCGACGCCGCCCUCUCCGCCAUGGUCAACAUGGACCCGCUCUACCUGUCCGACGGCCCCGCUCAAGCCGACCUGGACGCCAAGCUGGUGUUUGCCUCUUGGGGUGUCGAGAUCGACACUCUGCUGGCCCCACCUGCAGAGGGCGCACCACCAGCGGAGGGUGCUGCCGAGGAGGCGCCGCCGGCGGAGGGUGCUGCAGAGGGGGCGCCGCCGGCGGAGGGUGCUAUGAAACCGAUGCAACGGAGGGUGCCACAGACGCAACACCAGCCGCUGAAGGAACUCCUCCGGAAGGCGCUGCCAUAG